AUGGCAGUUGCAGUGCAGCAACAUGAACCGCAAGAGCAGCAGCACAGACCGGAAAUCGACAUGGGCCUGAAAAAGAAAGCCGAAUCAUUCGACGAACUGAAUUCUUCAGUAACUGGUGCCACCCAAGAAGAUGAGACUGCUGAUGAGCAACAACGCCAACAACAACAACAACAACAACAGCAGCAAGAAUGUUCGCAGUCAUACUCGAUGCCCUCGACAUCUCUGCAUCUCGAUUCAGCUUGGCAGCAGAGAGUGCGCGAAUACGUGGCCACAUCGAUGCAAGGAACUUCUUACAUGGUCGUACCAACAGUCCUCUUAGCCGAUACGAAAAAGGAUAAACCGUAUGUCGCUACCGAUAGUCUAAAAUGCGCGCUGUUUCUCAGUAGUGACCGCAGUUUUCCUUGA